GGCAGUUUUUAGUGUUUUUUAUAUAGUAAACAAGCAAUGUCCUCAGGAAAAAUAGAUAUUUCCCAGGUUAAUUCCUGCGGAACUAGUGUGAAAAUUAUCUCGUGGCUUUCCAAGGUGUACAGUGGGAUUAAAAUUAAGACAUCCGGAAAGCAAAAUGCAGAUCAAGAAGUUGAAACAUUGAUGAAACUUUGCCUUUCGGAAAAUGCCCAAGUGAGCCUCCUGGCGUGCCAGAUUCUGGUCAAGACAGUUGAAGAUGACCUCCUGCCAUUCUCCCAAGUCCGUACAAUCCUGCUGUCCAUGCUGCCCAAUGCAGAAGGGCCCCGUUUUGCUGCUGUCUCUGAAGGAAUCUUUGAUCUGCUUUUCCUGGAGCUCAAGAAGCACUCCCAGGCUUCCGGGAAGAAGGAUUCCAAGGAGAAAUACACUUGUCCUUAUGGGCUACAGCAUCCGGAACACCCCUACAUAGCCAUUCUCAAUGCUAAGCAAGGACACGGGCAGGAAAUUGCCAUCAAAGUCAAGGAACUCUUCAGUCAUCAGGACAGGGAUAUUUCCCAGGCAAGUGUGGAGUUCCUGAGGCCAGUGUUCCUGUACGUGGUGAAGAAUAUGGAGAAGAUUCCGAGUGUGAGAACCCUGUGGGGUCUUUUGAUCGGUCAAGCGAUUAAAUCCGAUCAGGGCGAGCAGCUUUUCCUGGACUGUUUAUUGUGGCUCAGCUGCGAGAAAUCGACUCUGCUGAGCAAUGUCCUCCUCAAUGAUGCCCUCGAGGCGAUGAUUCCGAAGAAAAAACACUGGAUCACUGUGAAUAUUGCCCUGAUUCUGGCAGGAAGUUUGUCCAAUCAACUGAAGCUGGGCCUGGAUCCGAAAAGCAGCUUCAGCUUGAUUCUGCGGAUGCUGCAGAAUGAACAAUGCUCGGGAAUUGUGCCUCAGGGAGUCCUGCUACUGAUGUGUAUUCAACUCCUUGAAGAAAUCCCGCCCAAGUACCUGGAGGACCUCCUAAAAUUGAUAAAACAUUUAAUGGUCAAGGGAAAGCGUAUGAUGAUGCAGCAUAUGCUUCUUGAUUCCCUGCUCUUGUGGUCAGAGGAGGAAAACCUGCUUUCCGGAGCUGCUAGAAAGGAAAUGGGACUGCUAAAGGAGCUCAUCGAGGAGACUGUUGACCCAAUACCUGAAGACUUUUCGACUGCUAAAUCAAGAUUUCUGGACAGAACUGUUUCUCUGCAUCAUAAGUUCGACGGCAUUUGCAGCAAAAUUGAAUCGAGCUUCCCGGAAGGCUUCCAAGUGUCAAUUUCCAGAGACAUCGUCAAGAUACCCUUAGCAAUGGCUCUCUACAGUAAGAUUCUCCGGGGAAUCCUUCUCUGUCACAAGGAAAUCUCCUUAGAAAACUGCAAAGAAACCGUAAACGCUCUAAAAAUCCUCCUGAAGGAAAAUGAAGAGAUUUCCGUCAAGUUCCUCGCCGUUUUCCAGCAGGAAGUCAAAAAUAUCAAAGACAGACCCAAGAAGCUGGAAAUAGUCCGGGGAAUUGUGGAAUGUGGGCACCAUAGGACCAAUAUUCAGACAAUUCUCGGAACAAUCCGCAGUUUCUCCGAGGAAAACGGCGGAAAAUUCAACGGAGACGUCUUGAAGCUGUAUUUGAGACUCUGGAAGAUAGAUUCAAGGACCUAUCAGUAUCUCUUUGAUCAAUUGGCCCGGGCUCGUGGGAAUCCCGAUCAGGAACUCAAUCUGGCCAGAGCAGAAGCCAUCAAGGAGAUCUGUGAGAAGAAUCCCGGACAACAUGGAGCAGAUUUGGUAUCCCAUCUGUCAGACGUCCUCAAUCAAUGUUCCAGCCCUUCAGACGAUGGAUCCGUGAUCUGUAUUGUCCUAGAAACGAUUCUUCUGCUCUGCCAGAGCCGAACUGUCAGCAUUGUGGCCAUUUGGAAGGCGCUCGGAUUCAUCUUUCGCUACGAGAAACGCCCAAAUGUCACAAAAAGUCUCUGCCAGUUCUUUGGGAAUCUCCCCGACUACCCCAGCAAUUCCCCGGAAUACGACGCCAUGGUCAGGGAAGUCUACGGCAGACUUUGGACCAUCGGUCUCAACAAAACUCUACAAAAGGAAGUCCGGAAGGCAGCAUUUGACGCCCUGGCUAAAUUCCCUCUGGACAAAAUCGAUCUGAAGCAGCUUCCGGAGCAGUUCCGGCAAAACCUCAAACUCCCAAAGUCCAAAUUAGGACCCGACACCGAUCCCCUGGACGCCCUGACCUACAUCCCCGGAGAAUGCUGGAUGCAGAUGCUGCAGAAAAUCGACAAGGAAGCCUGCUCCUUCGCUGGAGAUCUCACGGCGAAAUUAAUUCGUUCAGAAGUCCGGGAGUACCGUGGAGGAGUCUACAAUGUUCCAGCCGGGAAAGGAGAACCUGAAAAUCUCUCAUAUCUUCCGCCUAAAAGCAUCCUCCGUCCGAUCGUCCACUUCAUCCACCAGGAAGCCCAAAAGCCUCCCCAUGAUGACAGCAAUCACUACCUCCUCAUCCAGUGCCUUAGAAUCCUGUCCCAGGACUUCCCUAAACCCAUUCCGCCCGUCAACUGGUCCUGCCUGCACGAAAUCUUCCACCGAAGCCUCGAGAUUCGGCAAUUCUGCAUCUCUCUGGCCAUUAACCAGAACGCCAUCUCAGGCAGCGCCAAGAGAUUCCUCUGCAACUACCUCGAAGGAUUUGAACCCAGCGUAUCUUACCAGGACGAGAUCUCUACGGUCUUUUUGAAAAUUCCAACUCUCCUCGACACAGUUGAUACUUCUUUUGCGAAGAAAUACUUGGAAAGAUGCUUAGGCUUUACUUUCCAAGAGGAGGAACGCAGGAAGAUCCUCCGAAGCUGCUUCACUAAGAAUACGCAGCAUCUAAAGGAGGGCCAUCUUACCGUUGUCGGAGAAGCCUUCCUAGAAGUUUUCUACGCAAGCCACGAUCGAAAGAAGAUGUUCGAAGCUUUUGACGCAAUUUACGGAAAUGUCGAUGCGAAUCACGUGGACUUCGUGCUACGCCUUGCAUCUCAGCUUGAUUUUGGGCUCAAAAGAUACAUUUGCUCCAGAUUAGCUAAAAAGCCCGGGAACAUCAGACUUCUGGAUCAAAUAGUUAGUCACAUCUCCGAUCCAUCAACCAAAUUCGACAGUUCCGUUCAAUGGGAAGAUUUCGAAGAGCUUUUAAAUGAAUUAAAAGAGAUUUAUGCUUCGCAUAGCGAAGAAAAUGAAGUUUUCAUCAAUUUCUGCCUCCAAAUCCUGGCAGACAUUCAAUUUUCUAUGGUCAAUGGUCAUCCAAAAGACUUUAGGAACUACAGCGAAAUUUUCUACGACGCUAUUGAAAAUAUUUCCGGCUUCAAUAAAAUUAACAGCGAUGAUCCUGAUGGGAAUGCAUUUGCUCAUGCCUUGAGCUCAUUACUGAUGCAGAAGCAUUGGAAGGAUCACUGUGGACAGAUUUACGAAUUUCUCAUUGAGUUCAAUCAAACUUUGGAAAUGAAUAACGACGACAGAGUUAAGAAUGCCAUUAUAUUUUCGAAGGAUCUACCGUACUUCUGCAAUAAACCCGUGUGGGCAAAGAUAAUGAUGAUGAUUAAGAGUUGAAGGUUGUCACUUUUGUUUUUGUUUUUUUAGUCUCAAGAAUUUUGUAUGAACUUUGAAAUAAACUUGAUUAAUUCUACAGCA